AUGGCUAACUUGCUGUUUCUGUGGAUCUCGCUGCUGGCACUCACUAGCUUUGGUAUAUCUACUCCUGUCCGACUGACAGACCCAUCAAGGCGACCUCUAGUCAUUUGGCAUGGCCUCGGAGACUCUUACGCGUCCGCCGGGAUGCUUGAAUUCAUGCAACUCAUCAAGGACAUACACCCUGGGAUAUUCAUUCACUCGGUGUGGCUGAAUGAGGAUCUGGAGCAGGAUCAGAAGGCGGGCUUCUUUGGAGACGUGACUGAGCAGCUGGAAGUGGUAUCGGAGCAACUAGCGGAGAUUCCGGAGCUACAGUAUGGGUUUGAUGCGAUUGGGUUUUCACAAGGCGGCCAGUUCUUACGAGCGUACAUUGAGAGGUACAAUGCGCCGCCGGUGAACAACCUCGUCACCUUUGGCUCGCAGCACAUGGGUGUCUCCGACCUCCCUUUGUGUAGUCGAUGGGACCUGUUUUGUCAGCUAGCCCGGCGUUACGCUGCCCGUGGGGGUGUCUACACGGAGUGGGCGCAGCACAACCUCGUCCAGGCACAAUACUAUCGCGACCCAGCCCAACUCGAUCUCUACCUGAACUCCUCCAGAUUCCUCGCCUUGGUCAACAACGAGGUACCCGAGCACAUUAACUCGACGUACGCUGACAACCUUGCCACCUUGAGCAACUUGGUACUUGUUCUGUUCUCUGCGGACAAGACCGUCGUCCCUAAAGAGUCCGCGUGGUUCGGCUCAUAUGCCUCCUCAAAUGGCACGGGCGAUGAGAAGACCAUCGUGCCGAUGCGCUUGCAGCCUCUGUAUACCGAGGACUGGAUCGGGCUGAGGACGCUGGACGAGACAGGUCGGGUCACGCUCGAGACGUGCGAAGGCGAGCACAUGCAACUCAAGGAGGAGUGCUGGAAACCGCUUGUGGAACGUUACACUGGCGAAGUUGUCAAAGACGAGUCUGACUAUAGACUCGUUAGCGAUGGGACCGUAUUCCAGAUCCAGAACUAG